AUGACAUGUUUGUCAUUACUUUUAGGCCUCACUCUUGCAGCAAACCCUUCAGUUUUUGACGUAAGAACGUAUGGUGCAAAACCUAACAUGGAUAUCAGUCAGGCUCUCUCCACUGCAUGGAAAAAUGCUUGUGCAUCACUGACUCAAAGUGAAUUGUUUAUUCCAAAUGGAGUAUUCUAUUUAAAACGAGCUAUACUACAAGGACCAUGCAAGGCUCCAAUAAAGGUUCAACUUCAAGGCACAUUACGCGCCACAAAUGACCUAACUGGUUUCAAUGAAGAAGAUGGUUGGGUUACGUUUAAAUAUAUCAAUGGCCUGACCUUAAUGGGAGGUGGCACUUUUGAUGGCCAAGGUAAAUCAGUUUGGGGAAAACAAUGUGGACAAGGCAAAUAUUGUAGUAAACUUCCCAUGAAUAUUAGAUUCGACUACAUCACCAAUUCCUUAGUUCGGGAUAUAAUAUCACUGGAUAGCAAACAGUUUCAUAUGAAUGUGUUGGGUUGCCAAAACGUUACCUUUUUGCAUGUUCGAGCAAUUGCUUCUGGUAGCAGUCCUAACACAGAUGGGAUCCAUAUUGGGCGUUCGUUUGGAAUAAACAUUACAGAUGCACAUAUUCAAACGGGGGAUGAUUGUGUUUCUCUUGGUGAUGGGAGUAAAAAAAUAACUAUUACAAAGGUAACAUGUGGGCCAGGACAUGGCAUCAGUGUUGGCAGCCUUGGAUUGUAUAAGAAUGAGCAACCUGUGGAAGGAGUGUUUGUUAGGAAUUGCACAUUAAUAAAUACAAUGAAUGGUGUGAGAAUCAAAACAUGGCCAGAUUCAUUUGUUGGUUCGGCCUCAGACAUACACUUUGAGGAUAUUAUUAUGGAAAAUUCAGGCAACCCUAUACUUAUAGACCAAGAAUAUUGCCUUUGGAAUAAAUGCAACAAGAAGGUUCCAUCAAAAAUUCAAAUAAAAGAUGUUACCUUCAAGGACAUUCGGGGUACUUCUGCGACAGCAAAUGCUAUAAACCUUAUUUGCAGUAGUGGGUUUCCAUGCCAGAAUAUUGAACUUGUCGACAUUGAUCUUAAAUAUAAUGGACAAGGUCAUAUUACAUCUCAAUGUAAAAAUGUCAAACCCAAGAUUCUUGGCGUGCACAACCCAACUGCAUGCCUUGCUAAUUAA